GGCAUGACCACCCCAUGCGAUUCUGCCAUUUGAUUAAUUCCUGUAGAUCGGCCGCCUUUGCAUUGAUUUCCAGCGACCGUUUUUGACGUUGAUCCGAUCAUGUCAAAGGGAAUCAAAUUUGCUCGCGUCACAAGCAAGUGUGGAAUGGGGCAGCAUCAUCAUUGUCAUCAUCAUCGUAUCGAAUCAUGGUUUUCUCGUGGGGGGACGGCAAACACUGGAAAAUAGGUUACGAUGGCGGCGGAAGAGUUGCAGAUGAUGGUGGUGGUGGUGGAGGCGUCGGGGGAAAGGGCGUCGCGGCGCACCAACAUCGCUCCGGCGUCGCGGCGACCAAAACCCGGCGGAGCGAGCAGUGCAGAUGCGACCGAUCCUGCGUUGCCGCCGGGAAGUCAUCAGCGUCUCAUCAGAGGAAGAAGUGCUGCAGAGCGAUGGAACGCAAGGAACAGCUGCGGCUGGACUUCGAGCAGCAGGAGCAGCUCAAGAAUCAGAUCGAUGACUUCAAGAAGGAUCCGGAGAAGAUGCAGGAUUUGAACGCGUUUCUCGACGACGUCGUCGAGAAGGCUGCGGUGGAGGCCACCACACGCCAGCUCAAGAAGUCCAAAACAGACCCCUUCAGCGGCUUGCAAAAUGGGAGCAAACGCAUCGGUGCGUCUAUAAACAAGGCGAAAACCUCUGCAAAGACGUUUGCAACGCGCGUCUUCACGGCGAUCUGCAACUGCACCAAUUCAGUGAAGAGCGCCGUCAUCAACAAGCAUUAGAUUCGAAAGGAAGCCGGUCUCUCUCGCGAACUUUCUGCAAAAACUAAAAAAAAAAAUCCCCACACAAAAGAAAACAACAAAUUGUAUAAUCAACACAACAAUAUUCAGACUAACUUUUGGUCAAUUACGUACAAGAACAACAGCAACAAAAAAUUGCACAGGAAUUAAAUUUAUGAUUUGUCUAUCUUUUUGAUGAGAUUUUAUGCGUAUUUAUAUAUACAAGUGGCGAGAAGGGUACAUAAUACAUAUAUAUAUAUUUACACGUUAUUGAUAUUUCGAUCCGGACGUUAAAAAAAAAAUACAGGAAAUUGACAAUCAACGGCGACGCGAGAGGAUGAAGUAAUGAGAAGAAGGGGUUGAAAUUGGGGGGUUUGUCUUCGGUUCCUGCCUACUUUGCAAAUAAAACCAUGAAAUAAUAAUCCUCGAUGUGUGUUUUGUGUAGCAAUAAAAUUCUAUGGAUGUUAUUGUUUCUUAGAGUUUUAAUGUUUUGCGUUUGUCGGUGUACAAAAAUGAAUCUAUAUAAAAUGAAGAAGAUGA